UUGUCUUUGUUUCUUCGUGAAAUUCUGCAUGGAAUUCACUACAAAUCUUGAAAUGUUUAGAUAUGGAGAUGAAACCAAUUGGUUAUAUAAAUUCCUUGUUUACAUUUAAAAAUGGAACCCCUCGACAACCAUCGGUAUGCCCAUUUGCCCGUGGCUCACUAAAAAUAGAAAAGUCCAUCUUCACAAACCCAGAGCAUUCAUUAGAGGGCUUGGAGGAGUUUUCUCAUAUAUGGUUGAUAUUUGUCUUUCAUAAAAACAAUGCAGAAUAUGUGAAAGCUAAAGUUAAACCUCCAAGACUAAAUGGAAAAAGAGUUGGACUGUUUUCAACACGAUCUCCGUAUCGACCCAAUGCUAUUGGACUUACACUAGCAAAACUAGACACUGUUUCAGGAAGCACAUUGCAUCUCAGUGGUAUAGACUUAUUAGACGGUACACCAGUGUUAGAUGUCAAACCUUAUAUCCCAGAGUAUGACUCACCACCAUCCUCUUGUAAAAAUAAUUCUUCUGAUGAGAAAGACUUAAAGGAGACUUUGGAUGAUCCUGGUAGUGAGAAUCAAGAAUUAGAGUCACUGCCCUCUGAUGUAGAUCAAGAAAAUGAAUGUAUCGCAACAUCUUCAGGGGAUGAUCAUACAAACAAUUCAGAAUAUGUGAAAGAAAAAAUUAAAGUACCUCAGGUAGAGCACUUGGAUGAAAAUAAACAUAUGUUUGAUGGAAAAGCUUUUAAUCAAGCUCCCGAGAACCAUGACUGUAGCAAUGAAAUAUCUUCAAACUGUGAAUCUCAAACUCAGUCUUUCAGCAGUCCUGAAGUUAAAUCUGCAAAGUGGAUUUCAGAUGCACCUGUUACGAAGUUGUGUGUAACAAUCACAGAAAGGGCUAGUUCUCAGUUGCAUAGGUUUUCAAAAAGUGCAAUAAAUAAUGACUUUAGACUAAAAUUCCUAGACUCUGCGGAUGAAGCUUUAGAGGCUAUCCGUGCCAUUCUCAGUGAAGAUCCACGUUCAAUCUACAGACGUCAGAAGUGUGAGGACAAUCUGUAUUACUUCACAGUUGAUGUGCUGCAUGUAACUUGCUGGUUUGAUGACGACUUAGUGGAAAUAGUCAGAGUACAACCUAUUUCACAUGCUCAACAUCUUAAACUUUCAUAAAUAUAUUGAUGUUAAAUAUUUCUUAUAUAUACUCAAAUACAGUGUGUAAUCACUAUUUUAAAUACUUCAUAAUUAAAGCUGUUAUUUCUU